AUGUGCGAAUAUCAAGAUAAAUAUAAUGUUUCAAAUACUGGUCGCUUAACAGGUCUUGUAACAAAAGCUGUUCAAUCUAUUAAACGAUUGGAACGCAAGCAAAAGCGAUCACUUACCUCCUCAGGAAAUCAAAAACGCAAAAAACGAAACACGUCUGUAUCAUCAAAUCAAAAAGCACUUUCACAAAAUCCAAGCACCACAAACAUUAUUGUGACGAGCAGUGAAAAAUUAGAUAAUCUUGAUAUCGAAAUUGCUAGACAGGAAAAAUUAAAAAGACUUGAAUUAAUUGAUUUUGAAUUUCAACACAAAAAAGAGCUUUUAGCUAUUGAAAAACGUACAAAAGAAGCUGUUCUUCGCUCUCAAGAAUUAGCUAAUAUAGAAAAAGAACAAGAAUUGGGUGUUG